CAUGUUAUUAUAAAGAUCACUAAUAAUUAGGAGGCGCCAUUUUAAGUAAGUUGUCAAGUAGGAAAAAUUGUCACUUUUUCUCUGGCGUGUAGGUCUACGUUCUUCAUCUUUAUAGUUUGGAUGGGUAGAAGACGCAAGGUUUAUGAUGACCUAUUCUUGGCUUCGUUAUGGGUAUACUGUUUGAAAAAAGCGCUCAGAGUCUAAACGCAUUUCUAGACACUUUUUUGGUAUGCUUACUUUUUAAAUACGUUUCACGCUCGACAUGUUUAGACAUUUGCACUGAAAUGUGUUUAGGAAUGUGGUUAAAUGCUAAGCGUACACGUAUGAAACAAGCGUUGAACAUUUCAACCCAUUUCUGAACGCCUCACAAUAAACAUGACAUGGAUUAGGCGUGUUAAACAAAAGUGGGUUGAAAAGUGCAUGUUUAAACUCUGCAAUAUUUUACUGAGUGAGCCAUGCAUUUUUGAAGGACUCGCAGUGACUUUGAAGAUACCAAAGGGCGUUGAUUAGAGCCGUCAAGAGUUCUUUCUUCUGGUACGAAAAUAGAUUUGGUUUUUUAUGUGAGAUCGAUUAGACGUCUUUACAUACAGAUAUGGUGUGGAGGGGCCUAUUUGGUAUAGAUAGUCAAAUAGUUCAUUGCGGGCAAACCUUUUCCGUGUUUUUAGGGUUUAAACUGAUUUUUGUACUCAGAAUUUAAAGCGAAUGUGCCAGUCAGCGCCACCAUAGCAGUACAGCUGUAUACUGGCGCAGUUGGCCCUUUUAAACGCCUUAUUAUUGUGUCUAAGGGAAUGUUGAGUGUUUCUUUAUGAUGAAAGGGGCUUUCUGUUAUGACGCAACUGCACAUAACAGGUCUGCAUCAUGAAUAUAGCACCUUUGUGUAGGCUGAUCCCUGAAGGGAUGCACUGUACGGGCAAUAGAUCAUACUGUUGAUGGUGUUGUCUACCCCAACGGAGUGUUAUAGCUUUUCUUUAAAAUGCAAAUCAUGAGACUUUUCGAGUAUCAGUAAACUCCCACGGCCGCUUGAAGCCUUACGGUAUACCAGCAACACUUGCCGUGUGUACACUGUAUAUGGAUUGUGGUGGUUGCCAGUCUAAAAUUCCAUGCCCACGGCGUUUCGAGUCGCGUUUUAAUGCUUUGAGUGUACAUUAUCGAAGAAAAGUUAGUGGAGAUCAGUCAGAACAGUAAGACGGUGGGUGUUAACAUGGAGGACGGCACCAGCUAUGUGUUGGUAACGGGAGGGGCUGGCUACAUCGGUAGCCACACCGUCUUAGAGUUGUUGAAGGAAGGCUAUGACAUUAUCGUCGUGGAUAACCUGUCCAAUGCUGCAAGUGGUUCAAAUGGCCUCCCUGAGAGCCUCCGUAGAGUUCAGAACAUCGUUGGCGGUGAUAAGAAAGUCUUAUUCUACCAAGUGGACUUGCUUGAUGUGGAUGGUGUGAGAAACAUCUUUAAGAAGCACCAGAUCCGUUAUGUGAUCCAUCUUGCAGCCAAGAAGGCCGUCGGAGAAUCGGUGGAACAACCUUUGUUGUAUUACCGAGUCAACAUCAUGGGCACGCUCAAUCUUCUGCAUGUGAUGGAGGAGUUUAAGGUGAACAACCUGGCUUUUUCAAGUUCCACUACCGUUUACGGCGACCCAGAGAGGCUGCCCAUGGACGAGUCGCAUCCCACGGGCCGGAGUCUCACUAAUCCUUACGGCCGCUCCAAGUUCACGGUGGAAAUGAUCCUGAGAGAUAUCUGGGAGUCCACGCAGCACCUGAAGCGCGAUUAUCCGAGGACGUGGAAGUAUGACAAAAACCAGAUAAUGGACUGGAACAUGGUCCUACUGCGCUACUUCAACCCCAUCGGGGCCCACGAAUCAGGCCAGAUCGGCGAAGAUCCUUGUGGUCCGCCCAACAACCUGGUGCCGUACGCCACGCAGGUCGCCGUGGGCAAGAGGGAGGAGUUGAAGGUGUUUGGGAAUGACUACAGCACCCACGAUGGCACAGGUGUCCGUGAUUACAUCCACGUGGUAGACCUCGCUAUCGGCCACGUGGCGGCAAUCAAGAAGCUGGAGGGGAAUUGCGGCUUCAAGGUCUACAACCUCGGAACCGGGACCGGCUACUCGGUGCUGGAUGUUGUCAGAGGGCUGGAGAAGGCCGCUGGGAAGAAGAUCAAGUACAGCAUUGUUGGGCGUCGAGGUGGGGACGUUGCUGCCUGCUACUCCGAUCCUACCCUGGCCGAGAAGGAACUGGAAUGGAAAGCCGUUAGGGGCCUGGACAAAAUGUGUGAGGAUCAUUGGCGAUGGCAAUCCCAGAAUCCUAACGGGUACGCUCCGUGACAAGAGAAGGGAGAGACUUAAUUCAAGAUGGCAUUAAAGUCAUCCUUGGACUGACUAGACAUCACAGAUGCAGAGGGACAUUAGCCUAGAUGGGAUAAAUGGAUUAGAUUGUCGUAGUGGCUAGAUGACAAUACUUGUUAUUUGCACAAUUGAAAAAAAAAUGACAUGGACAUCGAUAGAGUUUCAAAGUAUAUGUACUGCAUGGACAUUUGGGACUCGAACAUUAAUGGAAAACAUCAAAGAAGGGUUGAACUUGUACAAGACGGAGAAACAGGGAUGGGACAAAAGCACGUUGAUAUCAGAGGGAGAUCGGCUUUAUUAUACUGUUGUAAGAGUUUGGAUUGUAAUUGCAUAAAAUUCAACAUAAUGUUAACUGAAUUUUCUCAGUUUGAAAAGCAAAAGGUGAAGGGUUGAACGUUAUUUGUUCAUUUGAAAAGCUAAAAACAAUAAUGUUAGCAACAUAUUGAUUGGCAUGAAUUGUAAAUCCUUGCGUAGAUGAACACUCCUAUAAACCAGGCGUUUUGACUGAAA